AUGAAUCGUUAAACAAACUAACCUUCUCACAAUUCCUCGACACAACUAUACUAUUCCUAGUAUUUAAAGUAAUAAUAAGUGAGUCCAAUUGUAGAAAGAUUUGUUGGGGAUGAAGUUUAAGAGCUUAGAAAAUAAGUUGAACAACUCACCAAAUAAUUAGAAUUCAAAGAAUAAAUGAUAAGUGAAAUGAGAGCUCAUUAAAAAAUAUUGAUGAAUAGAUUAUCUGAACCAACCCAUUAUUAAAAAGACAACGUAGUAGAAAAAAUAAAGGAAUUUGAGAUGCAAUUAAAAGAAAAAGAACUUGCUUGUGAAAGAAAACCAGAGUCUAAAGUAAGAGAUCACUCGUUUGGAAAGCUUAAUCAAAGACCCUUCAAUAUCAAAGUUCGUUAAUUCAAUAGUGGAUCUUGUAAUACAGUGUCAUCCCUAAAAUUAUUUUCCAAAUUCGAAACCCGAAUUGCGAGAGUGUUGGAGGUGGUUGAAAAAGAUUCUCAAUGA